CUACAAUUGUUGGUGACUCCUUACAGGGCAACACACCAACCAUAGUGGACAACCGAUUUGACUUUGAAGUCACCUUUGAGGGAUUAUAUGUGGCUCCUGGAUCCUCUCGGGCAACAAAACGAAAAUUCUUCCCUCGGCCUCCAUUGUCGGGAAUUCCACUCAUUCAUGAUUUUCCUUAAGAAUGAGGAUGCCAACUUUUACGUAGAGGAGGAGGCUACAAAGCUCAAGAACUUAUUUGGUGAUGUUGUCCAAAUAUGUCUUCGACUUGAUGAAGAGAAAAAUGCUGCAGUGCAAAGAUCUGAGCUCCUAUCUGUUGACCUAGAAAAUUUGAAGAAGCUUUUCGCGAACUCACAUGAAAAUUACCUCUCAAUUAAGAAAGAGAAAGACAAAAUUGAGAAAGAAAUGAAAGCUAACCAUUCUGCCCUGGAGGAAGCAAGGAAAACUGUUCAACUUCUUCAAGAUGAGAAAAAGGGUUACCUGCUUAAAUUAGAUGAGCUCAAACAAUCAAUGACAAAGCUUUCAUCUCAAAACGCAAGUCUUCAAACGCAGAUCACCAAUACUUCAACUGAUACUAUCCAUAAAUUUAAGAGAUCAGAAGAAGGUCAAACUUGGGCUUUGAGUGGUUGCAUAGAUCAUUUUCAUCUUGCUGUAUCCAUCAUAAAAACUCUUAUACUUGAACAAGACAUGCUAAAGGGUGAUCAUAUUCCAAGUAUUCAAGAGCUUAACAUUUCUGAGGAAAUCAAGCAAGACCCAGGUUUGAAGAAAAUGUUUGAGGAUGGGGUGAAGAAGAUCUCCAAAGAAUGUUAUUCUGAAAAUGAGGGAGAAGAAUCUGCGGCCCAAGAGUGCGAUUCCAGCAACCCUGAACAUGAAGAUUCUUCUCAAGAUGAAGCUUCUAGCUCUUAGUUUUUAUAUUAUUUCUUAGAAUAAAUUGUUUCCUUGAAA